AUGAAGCUCUCCAGCUCUUUGGUUGGCUUGACAGCUGUCAUACCAGUUGCACUCGCAACAACCCCAUACUCACAAUACAUCCUCGCCCCCAAAUCACGAACCCUUCACCCCAUCUCCGUCCACAGCUCGAACGGCUCCGUCACCAACCCUGAAAGCCUGACGAGCAGCGGUGGAAAUGGCAGUUCAGUUUACACGGGCGACGCAGCAACAGCGUACGACUUCGGUAUCAACAUCGCCGGUCUCGUCACCGUGACAAUCGGUUCUGUAAACUCGUCCUCAGAAUACAUCGGCGUCACCUUCUCCGAGUCGUCGUUAUGGAUCAGCAACAGAAGCAGCGAUGCAACCGCCGAUGCAGGAAAAGACGAGACACUCUGGUUCCACGUUAAUGGUACAGGGAGGUAUACGGCGCCCAAGGAGAAGGUGAGAGGCGCGUUUAGGUAUAUGACGUUGGUUCAUAACGGCACAGGGAGUUUGGAGGUGCAAGGUGUCGAGGUACAUUAUACUGCUAUGCCGCAUUGGGAGGAUGAUGCGUUGGGGAAUUACACGGGGCAUUUCCAUUGCGACGAUGGAUUGCUCAACCGCGUAUGGUACGCUGGCGCGUACACGAACCAGAUCUGUACUAUCGAACCGGAUACUGGAGAUGCGCUUGUUCAUAUUGGUGAAGAGGGCUACUCAAAGGACGAUGAUCAGACUCCGGUGAAUGUUACUUGGUAUAACAACUACACCAUCACCAGUGGCAAGAGUGCGCUGGUUGAUGGUGCGAAGAGGGAUAGACUUGUGUGGGCUGGCGACAUGGCAAUAGCUGUUCCCGGUGUUGUGGUAUCGACAAACGAUGUCAUUUCCAUUGAAAAUGCAUUGGACUCGCUCUUCGCGGUUCAGAACGAGACGAAUGGUCUGCUUCCAUAUGCUGGACGGCCCUUCCCUCCCGAGGCUAUCUCGUUUACAUACCACUUGUACACUUUAAUUGGUGUUGCUGACCACUACCUCUACACCGGAGACAUUGAAUACCUGACCUCUCUGUGGGACAAGUACAAGUUCGCCUUGUCCUUCUCCCUCGGAAACAUCGACGACACAGGCUUGAUGAACGUCACCGCACCCAACGACUGGCUCCGCUUCGGCAUGGGCGGCCACAACAUCGAAGCAAACGCCAUUCUCUACUACACCAUCAAUCAAGGCAUCUACCUCGCCGGCGCUCUAAACGACACCGCAAACAUCUCUUCGUGGCAAGAAACCGCCGAGCGCAUCAAGAGCGCGGCCAACGAACUCCUCUGGGAUGAAGAGCAAGGCAUGUACCGCGACAACGAAACCACAACCCUCAUGCCGCAAGACGGAAACGCCUGGGCCGUCGUUGCAAACCUCACUGUGAACAGCACGCAAACGAGUCAAAUAUCAUCAAACCUCGCUUCCCGAUGGACGCCUUAUGGCGCGCCCGCGCCCGAAGCCGCAGACGCAAUCUCACCCUUCAUUUCAGGAUUUGAACUGCAAUCCCACUUCCUCGCGCAGAACACAACCGCUGCACUAGCGUUGAUGCGUCUACAAUGGGGCUUCAUGCUCGACGACCCGCGCAUGACAAACUCUACCUUUAUCGAGGGAUACAGUACAACUGGAGAACUGCACUACGCGCCCUACGUCAACGACGCGCGCAUCAGCCAUGCACAUGGAUGGGCAACGGGUCCUACGUCCAGUUUGACGCAAUACGUAGCUGGUAUGCAGUUACUGACUGCCGGUGGAGCGACGUGGCGUGUUGCGCCUUCGCUCGGUGAUCUCAAGUUUGCCGACGCAGGGUUCAGCACGAGUUUGGGCUUCUUUGGUGCGAGGACCCAAGUCUUGAAUGAUAGUGUGAUGCUCGAGUUUGAGGCGCCGGAGGGGACGACGGGCGAGGUUAGGGUGCCGGUGUUGGAUUGUGCUGGGCGGGUUGUUAUGAGUGGGAAUGGGGGGUUGAGCGGGGAUGUUGUUGUAGAGACGAUGCAAGGACAGGGGAGUGUUGAGGUGAUGGAUGUCAAGGGUGGUAGGUGGACGGCUACGUUUAGAUGUUCGAAGUGA